UCCCCCUUUGUUGGGUGGUGCGCCAUUUCGUGCAGGGUUGAAGCAGAUUAUUUUAGCCGCAAGACGACUUCGGUACUAGCUAUAUUGACCGAUUUUGCUGAAAUAUAAGCCAUUUAAAUCUUUAAGCUCCUGUAUAAGUCGUGGGGUGAAGUUCUGCAUUCUGAGGGUGCUGCUGGAGUUGUAGUUUUUGCUGAGAGCACCCAAGACACCUGCCCGCACACACUGGCCCUGCCCUCAGUGUCAAAGAACUGACAGAGACGACCGCCGUGCACACAGACGCUAUGGAUCGGUCCCCCACCACCAGCGCCCUGAUGGCCAGCAACGUGACCAACAAGACGGACCCUCGCUCGCUCAACUCCCGGGUCUUCAUCGGGAACCUCAACACGCUACUGGUCACCAAGACUGAUGUGGAGGCCAUCUUCAGCAAGUAUGGCAAGAUCGUGGGCUGUUCUGUGCACAAGGGCUUUGCCUUCGUCCAGUUCGUCAACGAGAGAUGCGCCCGGGCUGCCGUAGGGGGCGAGGACGGACGCAUGAUCGUGGGACAGGUGCUGGACAUUAACUUGGCCGGAGAACCCAAACCCCACAGGUCAAAGACCACAAAGCGCUCUGCGGGAGACAUGUACAGGUCUGAUUCAAUCAGUCCCACGUUUGAUCUGGACUACGACUUCCAGAGAGAUUACUAUGACCGAGUGUACUCCUACCCAUCCCGCGUGCCCCCCCCUCCUCCUCCACCCCUGUCCCGAGCAGUGAUCCCGUCCAAGCGCCUGCGGGUCAGCAUGACUGGAGGGGGCAGCCGCCGCACCAAGGCCAGUUUCUCCUCCAAGACCAGCCAGAGGGCAUCGUCAAGAACAAUGAAAACAGAUGACCUGCAGACCAUCAAGAAGGAGCUGACAUUGAUUAAACACAAAGUAGACUACCUGCUGGAGAGCCUAGGCCGCAUGGAGAAGGACCACGGCAAGAAGUCUGAGGGGAAAGGUGCCAAGCCUGAACCUGGAGCGGUGUCCUCACUGCAGCACUCCAGCAACAAGAAGGAGGAGAGCAUCAAGAGGGAGAGGGAGAGGGAGAACCAGGAGCUCAACGACUCUGAGGAGGAGGGGGACCUGCUAGAAGAGGAGGUAAAGAGUCAAGAAAGGGAGGAUGAUGACGAUGAAGAGGAGGAAGGAGAGCAUGUGGAUGGAGACGAUGAUGGUGACAGUGUCAACGGAGAUGAGGACUCUUAGACAACAGAGAUGGAUGCACACUUGUACAGACAAACACAUCCACACAACUUCCAGUGGGACCUCCGACUCCUAUUUUAAUACCCACACUAUGAAACGUGAGAAAAACGUCAUCACACACUCACUCACCUGCCCCCACAACCACCCUUCCAUUGUCCCACAGGUAUAAACAUUUUCUUGACGCAAUUUUGUUUGUCCCCGUUUCAGCCCCCUCCUAUCAUUGUGUUAUACAUCUAGCAUUGUCCUGCAGCCAGGUACAUUGGAACUAGCUGUAGGUAGUGAGCAGUAUUACGUGAUUUGCUGUGCUGCUGUUCCUCAUUUGACCAGCAGAGAGCAGAAAUGGCCAUUUAUUGGCAUUACUAGGAUUGGUAAUCAAAAGAUCACACAACUUUAAAGAUUUAGUUAAGGUUUGAAGAAAAUUGAAGAAAUUGGCCCACCUGAGCAUGUAUGUUCCUUAUUUUCAUGUCAUUAUUUUUUAUACUACUCUGUCUAAGUUGUACUGUAAUAAUAAAUUGCAAAUAAAUACUCAAAUUGA